AGCACUGUUUUUUAUUUAGCCAAGAAUAAGAACAACCUGGAAGGCGGCCUUUGGCGCUACUGCACAUUUAGCUUAAUUUGUAAACAUUUUUAUUUACGCUAAAUCGAAAAAUAGCGUUUUCCUCCUCGGAUGCUGCUGGAUUUGGGGCUUGUCUUUUUUACACGCUCAUAUACGCACUGACACCCAACAGUGGAUACGAGAGCGAGCAGUCAUGUCUGGAUUGGGCCCGCUGGACAGAAAGAGUCGUUGGCAGCAGAUCCAGAAAGGGCUACAGUUUAUCCAAUCAACGCUACCAUAUCCUGGAAGUCAAGAUCAUUAUGAAGUGUUUGUUAAGGAUCUCGUUUGGAAUCUUUUUGGAGAAGGCAACGACGUGUUUAAAGAGGGCGACUGGACAAAAUCCAUCGAGAUGUACACGGAAGCCUUGAGUCUCGCCGAUUACGCCAACUCGGAGGACAUCUCUGUGGCGACGGGUUUAUUAGAGAAGCUUUACGCAAAUCGAGCCGCCGCAUGCCUAAACAUCGUCCCGGGACUGUACGAUCUAGCACUGGAAGACUGCGAAAAGGCCCUGCAGUUCAAUGAGUGCAACUACAAAGCGCUGUACAGAAAAGCCAAGUCCUUAAAAGAGAUGGGGAGGCAUCAAGAGGCCUACGACGCUGUGGCCAAGUGCUCUCUAGCUGUGCCUCAGGAUCCCAGUGUUGUACGGCUGACUCAGGACCUCGCCAAAACGUUAGGGUUGAAAAUUCGUAAAGCUUACGUAAGGACGAAGCCGGCUUUGAAUGUUUUGCGAGGAUCGAGUCAUCAGGAUGCCGCUUGUGACCAGGCAUCCCAAAACUCCUCUCCAGUUGAAGAAAUAGAAAUUGAAGUGCCUGAAUUGGUACCGGUCAGCAGCGGCGCGGUUACCACACCGGUCACAGCGGUAGAGGAGCUUCGUCUCCCCAGCAGCAUCCCAUCAAUGCCUCCGUCAGAGCCUCCGGGCUUUGAGUCUUUAUCCCUCCCCGUGUCUUCACCCUCGCCCGCCCCCCUCACCGUAAACACCUUUAUGAACGGCUGCCGAACUAAUAAACCGCACUCGCUACUUGAGAGCAGCCAGGACUUAGACGGCGACAUCAUCGGUAAUGACUUGGAUGACCUGCUGGACCAAGCAGGCCCCGAAAUGGCAAUGGGCAUAUCCACGAUGAAGAGCCCUCUUCCUUUGCCACCCAGUAUGCCCUCGGUCAACUCCAUGUCGAGUCCCUUCCUUCUGCCGCCUCACAUCAACCCUUUCCUACGCGGCACCCAGCAGUGCACCGUCAAUCUUCCGCCGCUGUAUCACCAAUUAGGAUCCAGUGCCUAUUUUGGGAUGGACACUUUUGAGACACUGUCCCAGCCCCUUGACACACUGGAUAGCCUCUCUUUAUCAGAUCCUCAAACAGAUUAUUCUUCAAAUACAUUCAUGCCACAGCUGAGCAAAAUGGAAACGCCGACGGGAAUGGCUGUCGGAAUGCCCGAGGUGAAGGGUACUUCUGUCGGCGUCACCAAGAACCCUUUAGCCGAAACUCACGAAUUCAAACAGGCGUGUUCACUUUGCUACAUCAGAACAGGAACCGGCGUGUUGGACUACACGCUCCACACUGACGAGCACAAAUGCAAAAAGGAUGUUUUACUGGGCAGACUCAAACAUUUACUUGAUAAAACAUGGAGGCUCAUUCGACCGAGACCAACAAAAACCCAAUAUGUUGGCCCUUAUUACAUUUGCAAAGAGGUGGCUGCGGGAAAAGAUUGUCUCUAUCCAGGUCACUGUACGUUUGCGUACUGUCAGGAGGAGAUUGACGUUUGGACGCUAGAGCGGAUAGGCCUUAUAUCUCGGGAACUUCUCUUCGAUCUUUUCGGGCCCAACUCCAACAUGAGGCUGACUGUGGCCAAGAUCUUACAGGAACACCCUGAGAUAUUUGUCUUUCUGUGCGGAGUGUGUUUUGACCACAAACCAAGAAUAAUCAGCAAAACCAACAAAGAUAACCCGGCGCUUUGCUCUCACCCGGUAACCAAGCACGACUUUGAGAAACAUAAGUGCCUGGUGCACAUAUUAAAGGACAGCACCGUCCGGUAUUCCAAAAUCCGAAUGUUGAAUCCGCUGUGCCAGCUCGACCUGUGUCGACACGAAGUGCGUUACGGCUGCAUGAGAGAGGACGAGUGCUUCUACGCUCACAGCCUCACCGAGCUGAAGGUCUGGAUGCUGCAGCAUGAGCGCCGUAUCAGUCAUGAAAGUAUUGUUCAAGAAGCCACCACGUAUUGGAACGCCAAUAUUGCAUUACAAGGUGGCCAGCUUUUAGGCCAAAGAAGGUUUGGUCCUCAAAAUUUGAAGAUGAUGUUUGUUUGUAGCCAGUGUUGGAGAAACGGGCAGCUAAGUGAAGCGGACAAGAAUAAAAAAUAUUGCUCAGCAAAGGCAAGGCACACGUGGGCCAAAGACAAGCGUGUGGUGCUUGUAAGUUCUAUUGAAAGGAAAAAGUGGACAACGGUUAGAGCCCUCCCUACCAAAAAGCCAAUCCCGGCUCAGUUUGAGAUUUGUAUGCAUGUGGCAGCCGGCAAGAAGUGUCAGUAUGUCGGCAAUUGCACGUUUGCUCACAGCACGGAGGAGCGAGAUCUUUGGACCUUCAUGAAGGAAAACAACAUUGCAGAUUCUGAUCAGCUUUACGACAAGUGGCUGCAGUCUCAGAAGGCGGGCUGGAGUGAGGAGAACGCAAAUGUGUCUGUGAGGGAGAAUGGCAAGCCCAUCCACAUGCCAACAGACUAUAUGGAAGAGGUGGCCGGCAAUCACUGCUGGCUGUGCGGUAAGAACUGCAACAGCGAGAAGCAGUGGCAGCAGCACAUCACCUCGGAGAAGCACAAAGACCGAGUCUUCACCUCCGAGGACGAUCACAACUGCUGGCAGUAUCGAUUUCCCACUGGCACUUUCAAAGUCUGUGAGAGGUUCCACAUAGGGACGUGCACAGAGGACGACUCGUGCAAGCUGGCCCACGGCGAGCAGGAGCUCCGGGAGUGGAUGGAGCGGCGGGAAGUGCUUUUGAUGAAACUGGCCAAAGCCAGAAAAGACCACCUUAUAGCACCCAACGAUAAUGAUUUUGGAAAAUACAGUUUUCUUCUUAAAGACAUCAACUAAUGGCAUGAAGAUCACGUGAA